AAAAAUAUAAUCAUUUAACAGAGUUUCCAACAAUUUUUGAGGAUUAAGCUGACAUAGAAUAAUUUUUUUCUGGAAAUCGUAUAAGAAAACAUUGACGGUAGCUGUCAUUGUCAAGAAACAAAACAGAAAUAAUCAGCUGGAUUAACGAGAAGAUAAUAAAUAAACCCACGACUUUCAGUGAUAAACAUUGAGCAAAAUGGCUUUUCUCGAAUGGAGAAAAUUCCAUUUUUUCGAUCUUCAGAGUAAUGUGGACAAUGGAAAUAUAGCAGAACUAUUUAAGGAUGACUAUAGAAUAACAGUCACAUCUAGUGGAAAUAACAACAUAGUUCUAGGAGACUCGUCCGGUCAAAUACAUUUAGUAAAUAGAUCUUGGAACAUUCAUACAUUCAGAGCUUAUGAAUUCAGCACAGACUUCUUAUAUCAAUUGAGGAAUUCUACAUUGCUCGUCACAAUAGGUCAAGAUGAACCUGGAGUUAAUCCCCUUAUAAAGAUAUGGGAUACAAGCAGAUUGGAUAAAAAUGGUUUUCCCCAUUGCUUUAGAGUCAGUCGGGCUUUGCCUGGAAAUCGUCCAGUUCAAGUCAGUGCACUUUGUGUACAUGAAAACUUGCAGUUGAUGGCACUAGGAUUCAUUGACGGAUCUUUAAUGCUUUACAGGGGAGAUAUCACAAGAGAAAGGAGUUCAAAACAAAAAUUAUUGAGAGAUGCUAGUAGUGCAGUUACAGGAUUGGCAUUCAAGACAACUUCAACAAGUAAUUAUCUGUUUUUAGCUACUGAUAGUUCUGUCAUAGUUUAUAACAUAACUCAAAAAGAUAAGGAAGAAAAGGUUCACCUAGACAAUAUAGGAUGUGCAAAAAGAUGCUGCGUUCUUGCCGAAUCAAUACAAGAAAGUCAUUUUAUGGUUGGCAGAAAUGAUGCAGUUUAUUGCUACACAACAGAUGGCAGAGGUCCGUGUUAUGCCAUCGACGGCGAGAAAGUGAUGCUGGAAUGGUUCAGGAGCUAUCUGAUAAUAAUUUCGAAAACAAACCGUCCGAUGGCUGUCAAUUCCAUGAACAACGGCAACCAAAGUUCGGUUUUGCAAGGGGACUGCAUCACCGUUCUGGACAUCCACAACAAGUUCAUCGUCUUUUCAGCCACCAUGCCCCGAAUAAAGGCUGUAUUGAAUGAAUUCGGCUCCUUUUACAUCCUCGAUGAAGACAACAAAAUUUACCAUCUGGACGAGAAAGAUCUCCAGUCUAAACUGUCUCUCCUGUUCAAGAAGAACCUUUACGAUGUCUCCAUAAGGAUAGCUAAAUCUCAACAGUACGAUACUGAAGGACUUGUGGAUAUCUUCAAACAAUAUGGCGAUCAUCUGUGCAACAAAGGAGACUACACUGGCGCAAUAGAGCAGUAUAUAAAAACUAUAGGAAAACUGGAACCGAGCUAUGUGAUCCGCAAGUUCCUGGACUCGCAACAUAUUGAAAAGUUGACCAUGUACCUUCAGGCGUUGCACAAAGAGAGACAGGCUACGGAAGACCAUACGACUCUGCUGUUGAACUGUUACACCAAAAUGAGCAACACCCUGGGACAGAACGAGGGUUUGAAGCAGUUCAUAUUGAGCAAGGAUAGCGACUUGAGCUAUGACGUCGAUGUUGCCAUCAAAGUUUGCAGGCAAGGCAGCCCCUCUGAAGCUCUAAUGUUGGCCAAACGCCACGAGAAACACGACUGGUACAUAAAGCUCCUCGUCGAAGACCACCAGAAGUACGUAGAGGUCUUGGACUACAUCUCGAGUCUGACCUUCGACAACGCGGAGCUCUACAUGAAGAAGUACGGCAACAUCCUGAUCCAGAAGGUGCCCAACGAGAGCACCCAGUUCCUGAAGAAACUGUGCACCAACUACAAACCGAAAGAUUCUCCGAUCAUCUCCGAAAACGCCCUGACCGGAAACUACGACAUUCCCCAGCACGCAGAACCGGAGGAUUUCAUACAUCUGUUCCUCAACAACUCGGAGAGGUUGGUGGAGUUUUUGGAGUACGUGAUAGAAGAGGGCUCGGUAUUGACCACUCCGGUGUACAACACCCUGCUGGAGCACUAUCUGCACGUGUGGACGAACUCGCAGAACGAGAGGACCAGAUGGUGUCAGAAGAUACUGAAGAUGCUGCAGAAUCCGGACAUAAAGUACGACAAAUCGCAGGCUCUGGUAGUCUGUCACAUGCAUUCCUUCAGCGAGGGCAUUCUGUAUUUGUACGAGGAGCAGAAACUGUAUCAACAGAUUUUGAGGCAUCACAUAAUGAAGAACGACACCGGUUCGGUUCUUGCAUGCUGCAGGAGGUUCGGUAACCAAGAACCGACCCUUUGGAUUCAGGCGCUCUGGUCCUGUGUCAGGAAUACCAAAAAUCCACCACCAGAUCUUUUGAGCGAGAUUUUAACGGUGAUCGCCAAGGAAAGACUACUUUCGCCGCAACUUGUGAUAGACGCUUUGGGAUCGGAGACUACGGACAUAACAGUUGGCCAUAUCAAAAAUUACAUUAUGAACGAGCUGAAACAGGAGGAAGAGAAAACUUUGGAGGUUACCGAUCUUAUCGAUAACUACCGUAAAGACAUAGACAAGUUGAGGAAGCAGCUGGAUAAUUUAAAAAGCGGUGCCAUUGUAAUACAAGGAUCUCGUUGUGCCGCAUGCCACCAUCCUCUGGAACUCCCAACCAUACACUUUUUGUGCCAGCACAGCUACCACCAGCACUGUUUCCAGAGCUUCUGCGACGAAGACCAGGGCUGUCCGACGUGUCAGCCGGAAAACAAAAACUUGCUGGAGCUGCUGAAAGCCAGAGAACACACGACCGAUCUGAACGAGACAUUCCAUUCGCAAUUAGAAAAAGCCCACGAUGGCUAUUCUGUGGCCGCCGAGUAUUUCGGCAGAGGGGUCUUCAACAGAUAUAAGGACAUUACCAAUAAGGCCGUGAAGAAAUUGAUGGAGAAACGGGAGGAGGAAGAGAUAUCCAGGACUUUGAUACCAAAGAUGGAAAAAGAGGUUAGAGAUUACGGAUUCGGAGCAGAGGCCAGAAUGAGACAAAACGAAAGGAAAAACGGCCAGAACAUUGUCCAGAUUUCGGAGGGAAGAAUGAGACAGCAGGAAACCGCCAGAUACAGUUCUUCUGUAAAAUCCAACACCAGCGCUUACGAGAGGAAGAAAGAGUUCAACGCGAGCUCGGCGGCCGGUCUGAAUCCCUUCGAAAACGAUUACGACCCCUCCAACAAUCCUUUCGAGAACGAAGACGAGUCCGAGGACGAGACCAAUCCCUUCAGAUCCAGUUACGAUUGCGACAAGAAUCUGAACCCUUUUUCCUAAGUUCCCCAAGAUUAUCCUCUCCAAACCAAAGUAAAUUUAUAUUUAUUGUAUAUUAUGUUCGUUUAUAAGAAAUUACUAGUCGUUAAUUGUUUUUUCGAUUUUAUUUGUUUACCUUCUUUUUUUCGACUCUUUUCAGGAUAUCGUGGAAUGGUUGCAUGUCGUGAUAUGUAGAAUUGUCAAGUCUGUUUAAGCAUGAAAAAUCCAUUAAAUAUUCUUAUAAUCGGG